AUAGAAACUGAGUCGUGAUCACCCGGUCUGUUCGUGGGCGGCUAAGACUCCCUAAUUUACCCUUUACCUCUCUGGGAAAUAUUCCGCCGUGUCAGUUCGCUGAGUGGCUUCACCGGACGAUUAUUAUCCCCCGUUUUUCGGGGUAGAAACCAUUUUCUCUAGAUUUUAGUUUUUUUUUUCCGACCUGUGUGACAGGAAACUCUCCGCUCUGACACUGGGGGAUAUCCCCUGCCCGUUCGGUCCAACGUCGUUUUUCCAGGCUAGGCUAACAGCCGCAGCAGUAGGUCGGCGUCACGGGCGGGGUGAAUUUCUUCUCUUCGGCCCUCAGAAGCAGAAUAUAAACCCCGUGAAAUGCCGUGGGAAUAUGACGAGCGAAGGGAACAGAGCUGAUGAAGGAGAGGAAGAUACGCCAGCGGGAGAGUGUCGCUCAGACGGUCAGUAAAGAGGGGGAAAGUAGAGCAGUUUUCGAGCUUCAUCGAUCAAGGAAGUUGAUUAGCUAACUCGCUAGCUCGGGUUCAAAUGUAUCGCCUGAUCAUCAAGGGUCGUUUGAAACGACUCGGUUAUUAAUAGACGUAAAGUUUCACAUAACCGACCAUACCGAUGCCAAAGUGUUAAAGCCGAUCUGUUGAAGCCUCGUACUUCUCCGUGCUGUAAAACAGAACGGAAGCAAACCGACUAGCUUAGCGUUAGCUACAAAGUGGACGGUUGUAAACAAAGGGACCCCAGCUUCAAGUGACCGUUGUCCCUUUGUGUUUCUGACAUCAUUGCCCUUUGAAUCUAAUCGCGAAGCUCGCCGUCAGACAUGGAUUUAAAGACUGCGGUGUACAACGCGGCCAGGGACGGAAAGCUCCGCUUGCUUCAGAAACUGUUGGAGAACAAAGAUGGACAUGAAGUUACGAAGCUGAUGGGCGAGAAGACGAACGGGGCCACCCCGUUGUUGAUGGCCGCCCGGUACGGCCAUCUGGACCUGGUGGAGUACCUGCUGGAGUGCUGCUGCGCUCCAGUCGAGGUUGGGGGCUCGGUGAACUUUGAUGGGGAGACAAUAGAGGGGGCACCCCCUCUCUGGGCUGCCUCGGCGGCGGGUCACCUGAAGGUGGUCCAGUCCCUGCUGGGGCACGGGGCUUCUGUCAACAGUACGACUCUGACCAACUCUACGCCCCUUAGGGCAGCCUGCUUUGACGGGCACCUGGACAUAGUCAGAUACCUGGUGGAGCACAAAGCUGACCUGGAGGUGGCCAACAGACACGGCCACACGUGUCUAAUGAUUUCUUGUUACAAGGGCCACAAAGAGAUAGCGCAGUACCUCCUGGAGAAAGGUGCGGAUGUCAACAGGAAAAGUGUUAAAGGCAACACGGCUCUCCAUGACUGUGCAGAGUCAGGCAGCCUGGAGAUUAUGCGAAUGUUGCUGCAGUAUGGAGCAACCAUGGAGCGGGACGGCUACGGCAUGACCCCUCUUCUCUCUGCCAGCGUUACUGGUCACACUAACAUUGUAGACUACCUGACAACGCACCAGCAGACGAGUCACACGGAGCGCAUUGAUGCCUUGGAGCUUUUGGGAGCGACGUUUGUUGACAAGAAGAGAGAUCUUCUUGGAGCUUUAAAGUAUUGGAAGAGAGCCAUGGACCUCAGAUACACGGACAGUAACAACAUUGUCCACAAACCAGAACCCAAGCAGCUGAUCAUGGCUUACGACUAUGCCAAGGAGGUCACAAAUGGGGAGGAGCUGGAUGGGUUGAUAUCCGACCCGGAUGAGAUGCGGAUGCAGGCGCUGCUCAUCCGCGAGAGAAUCCUCGGGCCCCAGCAUCCAGACACCUCCUACUACAUCCGUUACCGUGGCGCCGUCUACGCCGACUCCGGAAACUUUGAGCGCUGCAUCAACCUGUGGAAAUACGCACUGGAAAUGCAGCAGAACAACCUGGACCCCCUGAGCCCCAUGACGACCUCAAGCCUGCUGUCGUUCGCCGAGCUCUUCUCCUUCAUGCUGCAGGACAGGGCCAAAGGGCUUUUGGGGACGUCGGUGUCCUUCGAAGACUUGAUGGGGAUAUUGUCCAAGAGCGUGUUGGAGAUUGAGCGAGCGGUCAAACAGAUCGGCCCAAUGCCACCCGACCCGGCUCAGCUCAGCAAAGCACUAUCUAUUAUCUUGCACCUCAUUUGUCUCCUGGAGAAGGUACCGUGUACUGCUGAGCAGGAUCAUUCCAAGAAGGAAACCAUCUAUAGGUUCCUGAAACUCCAGCCGUGCGGGAAGAAGGGCUUCACCCCCUUACACCUGGCAGUCGACCGAAACACCACCUGUGUCGGCCGCUAUCCCGUGUGCAAGUUUCCCUCCCUCACAGUGGCGUCAAUCCUCCUCGAGUGUGGGGCAGAUGUUAACAGCCGGGAUGAAGACGACAACAGCCCCCUCCACAUAGCCGCAUCCAACGGUCACCCCGACAUCAUGAACCUUUUGAUUUCCUGCGGGACUCACUUCGACAGCACUAACGCCUUCCAACAAACUGCCUGCGACCUCCUGGACGAGAAGGAGCUGGCCAGGAACGUCAUCCAACCCAUCAACCACACCACGCUGCAGUGCCUCGCUGCCAGGGCCAUCAUCAAGCACGGCCUCGACUACCAGGGAAACAUUCCCGAGAAGCUGGAGGCCUUCGUCUUGCUCCACAGAUAAUGAUUGUACAGAAAUGGGGUCCUACAGACGAAAAGAGGAGCCGGGAUUGUGACCACCAUCGACUCGACCGAACAUGCUGAGGAGCUUUAAGGACUCUUUACCCACUGGGUGUUGAAAAAAAAAAAACCAAGACUGUUAUCUGGGUUUGGUUUGCAAGAAGAAACUCGCACUAAAUACCCAAUUUAACCAGGAUGGACUGAAUUCGCCGAUAGAGCCGCAACUCUGACCGUUAAUUGGUUUGCGGGAUGUAUUAAAAACACGUUGCAACAUGGAUUAUAAACUUUUGUUUCUGUUAAUGAACUGAACAGAGGGAUUCACAUAUUUUUGCUGGAGGUUUUUUUUGUUUUUUUCAUAUUCCACGCUACUAUUUAUUGAAUGAAACUUGAGAGAUUUUUCUCCAUGCUGGCUCCAACCCAGUCUCAACAUCACAUUCUUCUCUUCUCUCUCGUCUCAAGGCUUUUCUGCAAACGCUGGGACUUCAGGUUGUUAUUACUAUCUUGUUUUAGGUUUUUGCUUAUCCCCUCACUGUUGCCAACAGACUUGGACUCUUCCUCGGCCAUCAUCAGGUUUCUGUUUUUUGUACUAGAAUAACGACACACUUAGGGUUUUUGCUCUUUUUCUGCUUCUCGUAGAAAUCUGGAUAUCUGCUGAACGGAGUAGAUUUUACAGUCAUUUGUCUUUCCCAGUUUGAUGUGUAACAAAGCUUUAAAAGAAGGAGGGGGGGGGGGGGGGGGUUAGAGUGUGCAAACACCGUAAGUGCUUUAUUUUUUCCUAUGCACAGGCUGGGCUGUUGGGAAGAGACUGUUGUAUUCUGUGUCGGCACUUGUCUGUGCAAUAUCUCAUGAGGUUUUUUUUUUGGGUUUGUUUGUUUACUUCGUUGCUUCCAUUCGUCAUCCACCUUGCUCUGGUGGAGGUGAAACCAUAAUGCUGACUCUGUGAGAAGAGUGAAUGAUUUCUGAGCGACUGAUGCGCAGCUUUGUGUUUUCCAUGCGUUGUUUCUUGUAUGCAGUGUUUCAGUGAGCUCACACAAACUGAGAACAGGAGUUUUAAUUUAGUGGAGCUCAUAAAGAGUCCAUAUUGCACACACGCCUGCCACUGAGAAACCGCAGAGGCCAAUUUCUCUACAGAGUGCUGGCUCGUACACAAAAGUGACCUCUCGACGUUUAUGUGUGGCUGACCUUUUCGACAGGAGCGUUAUUUUUAGGUUAAUUUUAUUUUUUUAAAAUUAAAACCGAAAAGCAGAAAAGUCCAGGGUAGCCAGGUAAUGUUUGGCCCGCUGUGCAUGUUCAGCAGCAUUAUCAGCUCAUCACUGCAGGUGACCUAUCAUGAUGACUCCCACCAGACUUCAAACUGCAACAAGUUCAUCUUUUACAAGCGGUAGAACUGAAAACCAAGGGAGUAAAGAAGAUGCCUCGAUACACACAGUAGUAAAGCUUUGUGAUCAUCAUGUUUGCACAUUUAGCUGUAGACGUGUGGGUUGAGAGGAAGGAAAAAAAGGGCUUUUCAUAAUUUGUAGGAUUUCAUAUUGCAGUUCAAAACCAGACAGAAGAUGUACCAGGGCAACUUGAUUUGAUCUGCACUUUACUACAGCGGAGAUUAAGAUGUGAUAUGGCAUUAAUCAAGUUCAUGUCUUAAUUACCAGUUUGACAAUAAAACCAUGUUGCACUUGU